AUGAAGUCGAUCUGCCGUGGUUUGGUCAUCACCCUUGGGUCCACAUCCACCCAGUAUUAUACCACCAUUCGUGGUGGCGAACCGCACGUUCCCGGAGCAGACUUGCUUAACACAUCCUUCCGAUCAGGAGGUGCACUGCCUACCAGCUCUGGCGGUCCGACUCCGCCACAGCAGCUGCUAUCGCUGGCUGUUUGGUCGAAAGAGAAAAAGCAGAAAAUUAUGCGCAUCGGUCGCCGCGGAAAAGACUGCUGUUGCAAAUUCGAGCUGAUCGAUGGCAUUCAACGGCUUCUGUGCACUGGACGUGGUGUUAUCGGUCCGGGAGCCGCCAGCAGCAUCAGUGUGGAACGCGGUCGUGAGUCAGACGGUCCUCCUCCGACCCCGACUCAAGGUUUGACUGAUGUCGGAAGUUUGGCUUUGGAAUCCCUAUUGAAGAGUUCCGCAUCGCUGAGUCUGUCGGCCUCUUCCAGUUAUCAGCCUGGCAGCAGUACCAAUUCCAUGCUUCGAGUCUCCGUUGAUGGUGUCGAAUGGGUAGGUCUUCGAUUCUUCCAGAUCACGUCCACAUGGCGAACACACAUUAAAUCGUUCCCGCUGUGCUCCCUCUCUGUCGGACGAGCGGAUCCUUCCCAUGCGAACGACUCGUUUCCGAUCUCAGUCGAUCCGACCACGUUCUCGUCACACUAA